AUGGCGUCGAGUAUAGGUAUGAUGGAUAGCGCAUAUUUUGUCGGCAGAAACGAGCUUCUCACUUGGAUCAACAAUCGCCUUCAACUUAACCUCUCUCGCAUUGAGGAGGCUGCAUCUGGUGCUGUACAAUGCCAGAUGAUGGACAUGACAUAUCCAGGGGUUGUUCCAAUGCACAAGGUGAAUUUUGAUGCAAAGACAGAGUAUGAUAUGAUCCAGAAUUACAAAGUUCUACAGGAUGUGUUCAACAAGCUGAAAAUUGAGAAGCAUAUUGAAGUUGGAAGGCUUGUUAAAGGCCGACCUUUGGACAACUUGGAGUUCCUUCAAUGGCUAAAACGUUACUGUGAUUCUGUAAAUGGAGGCAUUAUGAAUGAGAACUAUAAUCCUGUUGAGCGUAGGAGUAGUAAGGGUGGAAAGGACCGGACUGUGAAGGGUCUAAAGAACUCAAAAUCACUGCAAACGAAUACUAUGAAUCAAUCUGGUUCAGGCGAUUCACUCAGGUCCAAGCAAUUGAGGUCAAGUGGAGGAGCAGAAGGGGCUAAUGCUUCAGCAGAGAUUCAAGCUUUGUCCAAGCAGGUUUCUGAUCUCAAACUCUCAAUGGAUCACUUGGAAAAAGAAAGAGACUUUUACUUUGCAAAGCUAAGGGAUAUAGAAAUUCUUUGUCAGGCUUCAGAACUGGAAGACGAUCCUAUGUCUCUAGCAAUUAAGAAGAUUUUGUAUGCUGCUGAUGCAAAAGGAUCAGCAUUAGAUGAAGCUCAGGACUUUCUUAAUGAAGUCAUGCAUGGUGGUGAAGGUGAAGGUGAAGGUGAAAAUGAAGGUGAAGCAGAAGCAGAAGCUGAAGCCUGA